GGCAGCAGCCCCUUGGGGACUGGUACCCUGCUAACCCUGCCUGCUGACCCUGGCCUGGCACACUCUGCAUGCCAGGACAUCCAGCUGCAGUGCCCAUACACAGGCACCAUGGGUCUGACAUGGCACUCACAGACCCUCCUGCAUCAGGCUGCCAGCUGAGGGCAUACAGUAUCAGGUGACAUGUGCCAACUGCAACAUUGUAUCUACAGCUUCACUGGGCACAGAGAGAGAGAGGGAGUUUCUGGUGGGUGAUCUGUGGGCUGGGUAUGGUCUGCGACCCUGGUGUACUGGCACGCUGAUGCCCCCUUAGCAUGGACUGGCAGACUCUGAUGAUGACAGCAGGCGGUGGGUAGGGGUGGGGGGCAGAGUUUGUGUCCUGGCUUUUGGUGGGCUGCCCCUGGAAGCUCAUCCAUGCACACACAGAGGGCAGUGCCCCUGCACCCCAAAGGCAGGGAUCAUGCUGUGGGUGUAACCAGAGGCUUUAUUUGGAAGGAAGUAGAGGAUAGUUUUAGGUAUCAAACACACACACACACACAGGGAGGAGACUGGAGUUCUAUGAAAGCAGAGAGGGAGGUCCAUGCCUUGCAGACUGAACAUGUGGGGAGCCUCACUGAGCUGCUGGACCCACUCCUAAUCCUGGGGAGGAUCUAACUGGAAGAGGGCAGCACACCCACCCCUGAUACUCCCACCUGUGUUAGAGGGUGCCCUGUACCACUUCAAACGGACCUGGACUCUAGGAGGUGGAUCUGGCUGAGGAGGAGGGUGUCCUGAACAUGUCUUGUGUGACCAAGUAACUUUCACUCAAUGGGACAAACUAUCACUCAAACUUUGCAAUUCAGACCUGGCUGGCUGAGGACUUGUCCCUUGAGCCAGGGAGAGAUGGAUAUGGCUUGAGAGUACCCCCCAAACCUCUGAUUGCAUAACUUCGUGCUGGGGGGGGCUGACCCCCUCCUACUUUUUUAUAAACAUUGCAUAAACUUUGGAAAUGGAGCUCCAGGUGCUAUGUGGAGCUCUGUUUUGGAUUGUGCUGCCCCUCUCUCUGUUGGCAGCUUGUAUUUUCCGCUACAAUUCGCUGUCUUUGAUCUACUUGCUGUUUCUUCUGCUGCUGCCAUGGUUCCUGGGACCUACUGCUCAAAGCAUGAGAGGUCACACGGGGCGUCUGAUGAAGGCCCUGCUUGCCAUGAGCUUGCUCUUUCUCUGUGCUCAGCUCAUUUUCCAGCUCUGUCUAUAUACUGUACCUGGUUUGGAUGACAUGUUGGGGUACAACUGCAGCAAUUGGCAGAUUCUGGCUCAGCAUAUCGGGGUCACCAGGUUGGAUUUUUAUGAUAUUCCCAACACGGUUCGGAUGUUGUCCCCAGAUUUUGGCAUUUUUCUGGUUUCUGCGGUUUGCCUUGGUUUGUGUAACCGCCUGGUGAAAGGGCAAACGCUGUGUGAAGAGGAACACGAAUCGGCAGGACCCGUGGAACAGUUGGAAGAGGAGGGUAUAGAAGCUGAACACAGAGAGAAUGUUGAUACAGAAGAAGAGGAGGACAUCCUGGUGUCUCAGCACGAUGGUGAUUUGGCCUUACGGAUCAAAGAGGCGGCACACAAGCUCUUGGAGGCGGUGGGAAAGACCUUAGCCAUAAUACUGCUGGCUCUUGCAGGUAUCACUGUUCCCUCAGCGUUCUCGGCUGCGUAUUAUUUGGCCUUUAUUGGGCUGUGCACGUGGUGGGCCUGUCACUUUCCCAUCAGCCGCCUGGGUUUUCAUGCGCUGUGCGUCAUGAUUGGAUUUUUUGCUGGUGGUCACAUCAUCUGCCUCUACGUUUACCAGACACAGUUUAUACAGAACCUAUUUCCCCCGGAACAACUAUGGGCAAGGUUAUUUGGUCUGAAUGAAAUCAUAGUUCACUACAACUGCACAGGAAACAUCGAUGAUCUCAUUCUAAACCAGAGCUUUGAUUGGCCGGUGUAUGUGAACCCUGGAAUCCUGCUGUUACUUUAUUACGGUGUCAUCUCCCUGCUGAAGAUGAGAACCUGGAGAAAGAGACAGGAAGAGGUAAAGAGUGGAGGAUGUGUGGCCCAGAAAUCUGACCACGAACUUAUGGAGUUGGCAGAAAGGCACAUGUGGGACAAGGAACGGUAUAAUCUCAGAGAGGAGACUAGGCCCAUGUUGCCAAAUACUGAAACAGGAGCAGCAACCAAUCUCCAGGAUUGCACUGUGCAUGACCUCCAGUCUGCGCCUGCUCGGAUCCCUGAUGAGGCUCCUCAAAGCGCCAAGGACCAGAGCCCACUUCACGUGCUGAGCAAUGUCAUCUUGAACCAAAGCUAUGUGUGCGCACUUAUUGCCAUGAUGGUCUGGAGUAUCACCUACCACAGCUGGCUGACCUUUGUGCUGCUACUCUGGGCUUGCCUGAUCUGGAUGGUACGAAGUCGGCGUCAGUUUGCAAUGCUCUGCUCUCCAUUUAUCCUUCUGUAUGGAGUAACGCUCUGCAGCUUGCAGUAUGUCUGGAGCAUGGAUUUGGAGCUAGAGCUUCCCACACAACUUGGCUUCAUGAGACUGUCCCAGCUGGGUCUUGCACGGGCUCCCUACCCGUGCCUCAAUCUUGGAGCCAUGCUGCUCUACAUGUUGACAUUUUGGCUACUUCUACGUCAGUUUGUGACCGAAAAACUUCUAAAGCACAAAAAGGAGACUCCGGCUUUGGUAGAAGUGACUGUGUCAGGAGCAGAACCCAGUAAAGAGAAGAACCUACUGAAAUGUUUCGGGGAGCAGGUGAUGAGCUUCUACGCUAAAUACUGGAUCUACUUGUGUGGUGGAAUGUUCAUCGUAGUCAGCUUUGCUGGGCGGCUUGUGGUGUAUAAGAUUGUCUACAUGUUUAUCUUUCUUCUUUGCCUGGUCUUCUUCCAGUUGUAUUACACUCUAUGGAGGAAACUGCUGAAUUUUUUCUGGUGGCUGGUUGUAGCUUACACAAUGCUGGUCCUAAUUGCCAUUUACACUUUCCAAUUUGAAGACUUUCCCAUGUAUUGGAAGAACCUGACGUCCCUCACAGAUGAGCAGUUAAGUGAUAUCGGACUUGAAAUAUUCAGCGUGUCGGAACUUUUCACCAGCAUCCUAAUUCCAGGAUUCUUCCUCUUGGCAUGUAUCCUUCAACUACACUACUUCCAUAAACCUUUCAUGCAAAUCACAGACCUUGCACGAGUCUCACCCCAAGAAUGCGCACCAUACCACGAUAACGGAAACCCAAAGGUGGGAGAAGACUUGGCCGGUGCAUGCAGUAUAGAAGAAGGGCAGGAAUGUGUUGAAGAAGGUUCUACAAAUGAAGGUCCUCUCAGUAAGUGGGAUCUGGUCACCCAACGACUCACAGUCCUCUUCUACAAAUUCUCUGAGCUUCUUCACCAGGUCCAAGUUUUCCUCUGGAGACUCCUGGAACUUCAUAUCUUGAAAUUGGUGGCUGUGUAUAGCGUGUGGGUGGCAUUGCAGGAGGUCUCUGUGAUGAAUUUCCUCUUCGUAGUACUCUGGGCCUUUGCCAUGCCAUUUUCUCGUUUCCAGCACAUGACUUCUUGUCUCUGCACCAUCUGGAGUUCCAUAAUCAUUGUAUGCAAGAUGCUGUACCAACUGUCAAUCGUUAAUCCACUGGAGUACUCCAGCAACUGCACACUGCCUUUACCAAAUGGCACCAAUCUUCUAGAGGAGGAGAUUUUGAAUUCCACGCUUUACCGAGCCCCAGUUGAUCCUGCUAACUGGUUUGGAAUACGCAAAGGCUACCCCAACUUGGGUUACAUCCAGAACCACCUUCAGAUUCUUUUGCUGCUGGUUUUUGAAGCUAUCGUGUAUCGGCACCAGACGUUUUACCGUAAACGUUACCAGCUGGAAGUGCCACACAUACAGGCAGUAUUUCCAGAUGUGCGCAGAGAGCAUCUGGAUGAAGGACUAUUUAAUUGCAUCAAAUAUUUUAUCAACUAUUUCUUCUACAAGUUUGGGUUGGAGAUCUGCUUCCUGAUGACGGUGAACGUGAUAGGCCAGAGAAUGAAUUUUAUGGUUAUAUUCCACGGCUGUUGGCUGAUUGUAAUACUGACUCGGAGGCAGAGAGUUAACAUCGCCAAACUGUGGCCAAAGUAUUGCAUGUUCCUCGUCUUUUUCUUGCUUUGGCAGUAUCUGCUGUGUCUGGGUAUGCCGCCGGUAUUGUGCAUAGAAUAUCCGUGGAGAUGGGAUAAGUUUGUUCCAGUCAACUCUGCUUUGAUAAAGUGGAUGUACCUACCCGAUUUCUACUCUCCUCCUAAAGCAAUUAACCUCAUCAGUGAUUUUGUUCUGCUACUCUGUGUAUCCCAGCAGUGGAAGGUAUUUGUUAACGAGAAGAAAGAAGAGUGGUAUACGAUGGCGGGGGAGAAUGUGGAAGUAAUUCAACCUCCCAAGGAUAAACCAAAUCCUGUACCCAACUUCAUCAACUGUCGGUCUUAUCUGGAUAUGUUGAAGGUGGUAGUCUUCCGAUACCUUUUCUGGUUCGUCUUAGUUGUGGUAUUUAUCACCGGUGCCACUCGGAUCAGUGUUUUUGGCCUUGGAUAUCUCAUGUCCUGCUUCUACCUCCUCCUCUUUGGCACAGCUCUCCUACAGAAGCCAGUGAAAGCACGGCUGGUUUUAUGGGAUUGCCUGAUUCUCUAUAACAUCACAGUUAUACUGGCCAAGAACAUGUUGUCGCUCCUAUCCUGUGUGUUUGUCCAACAAAUGCAGACUAACUUCUGCUGGGUCAUCCAACUCUUUAGCCUGGUCUGCACUGUCAAAGGUUACUACAACCCCCGGGACAUGGAUAAGGACCGUGACUGUUCUCUACCUGUGGAGGAGGCUGGUAUUAUCUGGGACAGCAUCUGUUUCUUCUUUCUUCUCCUUCAACGAAGAGUUUUCCUUAGUUCCUACUUCCUGCAUGUCAUGUAUGACCUUCGUGCAUCUUCGCUGCAGGCUUCCAGAGGUUUUGAGCUGUUCAUGGCCAGCAUUAGGAAGAACAUGCAUUUCCACCAGGAGUCCGAGAGAAGAUCUCUUAGUCAACUGAAGAAGCAAAUGGAGAGGAUUCGAGCCAAACAGGAAAAAUACCACCAAGAGAGGAGGCAGAGUGAGGCCGACCAAGAGAAAAUUGGAGAGGCUGGAAGUCAGAAAGGACCAUCCAGACGAAAGAUUCACUGGAGCCGGCCAUGGUUAGACCAUGCUUCAGUUCUGCACUCGGGAGAUUAUUUCCUGUUUGAGUCAGACAGUGAGGAAGAUGAAGAGUUGUCUCAGGAGGAACAGAGACCACCAAAGCAGAGUGCCUUCCAGCUGGCAUACCAGGCCUGGGUCACUAGCGCCAAGUCUGCUCUGAAGGAAAGAAGGAACCUGCAGAAAGCAGAACAUGGAGCACAGAAGCCUGGAGGAGAAGACAAAGUAGCAGAAUCUGAUACUGAUCAUCAGGGGAUCACAACGGAGAUAGCAGAGGAUGAGGCAGCCAUAGGGGAGAGUCGAGCAGGAGGCAGUAAUGUUGUACAGCGCAUACUGGAUGUUUUGAGGUUCCUCUGGGUUCUUCUGCUUGCCAUGUUAGAUGGACUCGUAGACUGGUUGGGCUCUCUUACAAAGCAUUAUGUGGACAUGUCUACAGUAUUGUGGGUGGAGAGAUAUAUUUUGACACAGAAGCUUUCUAAGGGAGAAGAGGUGACUCGCAGGGUUCUAGAUUCACUCUCUGAGACUGGACAAGAAAGGAAGGAUCCUGGCUCCUCCUUGUUACUAACAGUACCUACAAUGGACCAGGCAGUGGAUUUACAAAACAGUAUGGCCUCCAGUGGCUGUGAAGAAGGGGAGGUGCUUAGUGUCACGGCGGACGUCACCGAUGUUACCCCUUCUCUUACAACCGGAUACAGCACUACUGACAACAGCCUGGAUCAGGUGUCUGGAGCUGGAUGCUGGGAGGAAGCAGCAUCUGUAAAAGGUUCCCAAGAAAUCCAGCCAAUGAAACGCUUCCGUACUGCUAGCGAACUCCUUGUUAUCAGGCCGCUCAGUUUCGAGGAGUUAUCAGAGUCCCAGCAUUUCUUUAAGUCUCAAAACCGUCUCCUGAGGCUUCUCCUUGCUCUCUAUCAUUUUGUGGCUGCUCACUCAGAGUUACUGUGUUAUUUUAUCAUUAUCCUUAACAACAUGGUGAGCGCUUCAUUCAUCUCGCUCUUCCUCCCCAUCCUCGUCUUCUUGUGGGCUAUGCUGUCUGUUCACAGGCCCAGCAAGCGCUUCUGGAUGACCGCCAUUGUGUUUACAGAGAUCAUGGUGGUGAUAAAGUACCUUUUCCAGUUUGGUUUCUUCCCAUGGAAUAGUUACACGGUGCUGGUGCGCAACGAGGCAAAACCUUUCUUCCCACCGCGUAUCCUGGGGCUUGAGAAGAGUGAUUCAUAUGUGAAAUAUGACCUGAUUCAGUUAUUGACUCUAUUCUUUCAUCGCUCUCUACUCAUGAGCUAUGGUCUGUGGGACCGGAAGGACAUGAAUCCUGUAGAGAAGCCCAAGAGUACAGAUAAGGAAAGUGAGACAGAGAUCGAAAUAUCUAAGGAUCCGGAGCCUUCGGGAAGCAGGAGCUCAACCCUGCGCCGGCGCAAGAGACUUAAUUCUGAAAGCAGUGAGACAGAGAGAGAUUCCGGGAAGGAGAAACCUCGAGAGCCAGACAAGAAGAAGAAGAAACCAGCAGCUGUCCGAAUGAAGAUGAUGGGAGCUAAGAUGCAAAGUGCCUUCAUCGGCAUGGUGCAAGGAGUGUACCAGCCUGUGAAGGGAUUUUUCCAUGACAUCCUGCACACGCCGUACCGUGCUGCCACUGAUGUGUACGCUUUAAUGUUCCUGGCUGAUGUGGUUGAUUUUGUGAUCAUAGUAUUUGGUUUCUGGGCCUUUGGUAAAUACUCUGCAGCCGCCGACAUUACAUCAUCGCUCUCUGAUGACCAAGUUCCGGAAGCGUUUCUGGUGAUGCUCCUUAUCCAGUUCUCUACGAUGGUGAUAGACCGUGCUCUCUACCUACGCAAGACUGUGCUUGGAAAGCUCAUCUUCCAGGUCAUCCUGGUGAUCGGCAUCCACGUGUGGAUGUUCUUCAUUCUGCCCGCGGUGACCGAAAGGAUGUUCAGUCAGAACCCUGUGGCCCAGCUGUGGUAUUUUGUAAAAUGCAUCUACUUUGCCCUGUCUGCUUACCAGAUCCGAUGUGGCUACCCAACACGUAUUCUGGGCAACUUCCUGACCAAGAAAUAUAACCAUGUUAACCUUUUCCUGUUCCAGGGUUUCCGUUUGGUACCUUUCCUGGUGGAACUCCGAGCGGUGAUGGACUGGGUGUGGACAGAUACCACCUUGUCUCUAUCCAACUGGAUGUGUGUGGAGGACAUUUACGCCAACAUCUUCAUCAUCAAAUGCAGCCGUGAGACAGAAAAGAAAUACCCCCAACCGAAAGGGCAGAAGAAAAAGAAGAUGGUUAAAUAUGGAAUGGGUGGUCUGAUCAUAGUCUUUCUUAUCUGCAUCAUCUGGUUCCCGUUACUGUUUAUGUCCUUAGUGCGUUCUGUGGUAGGAGUGGUCAAUCAUCCAAUUGAUGUGACGGUCACCUUUAAACUUGGGGGGUAUGAGCCCCUGUUCACCAUGAGUGCCCAGCAGCAGUCCAUUCAACCAUUUACCCAGCAGGAAUACGAGACUCUGACAUAUCGUUUCGAGAGACAGCCAAUAGCCAUGCAGUUCAUCUCCCUCUACAGCUUUGACGACAUUGUGACUGCUCGAAUUGAGGGGAGCUCAGGGUCUGUUUGGGGAAUCAGUCCUCCGAGCCGCGAACAAAUGAGACGGGAGCUGCAAAAUGGAUCGUCUGAUAUUACACUACGGUUUACCUGGGACUUUCAAAGGGACCUGGCGAAGGGGGGCACUGUUGAGCACACAUUUGAAAAACAUACCAAAGACCUAGAGCCUGGGAGUCCUGUGCGGAAGGAAUUGGCAGACCUUCUACAGGGGGUACGGGACACCCCAGUCACUGUGCAGCACUUGUUUCCAAAAUACAUCCGUGCCCCCAACGGGCCAGAAGCCAAUCCAGUCAAACAGCUGCAGCCAGAUGAGGAGGAGGAUUACCUGGACGUAGAAGUUCAGUUGAACAGAAAGCGAAUCGGCGAAGGAAAUGGCACAAGCAGUUUCGUGGAGUGGUGGGUGAUCAAGCUGGCGGACUGCGAGGGUGAAGACUGUAAUAUACUGCCCAUGGUGAUUUUCAAUGACAAGGUCAGCCCUCCAAGCCUGGGCUUUCUAGCAGGAUACGGGAUUAUGGGCCUGUACGUCUCCAUUGUGCUGGUGAUUGGGAAGUUUGUACGUGGCUUCUUCAGCGAGAUCUCUCACUCUAUUAUGUUCGAGGAGUUGCCGUGCGUAGAUCGGAUUCUCAAGCUGUGCCAAGAUAUCUAUGUGGUGAGAGAACGCGGAGAGUUGGCCUUAGAAGAAGAACUCUAUGCCAAACUCAUCUUCUUGUACCGAUCGCCAGAAACCAUGAUCAAAUGGACUAUAGAGAAAGACUAGUGAAAACUAUUUUAUGGACAAUGUACGGGAAUGGUUUUAAAUGCUGGAAGUACCUGAAGUAAUGGUCCUGAAAGAGGAGCAAGUUCCGGACCGUAUUUUUAAUACUACAAUUUAUAAACUGCAGAAAGAAGGCAAGACACUACUGAUCCACAGUUAAGAGAAGGAUUUACGAUGCCGCUGUUUUUUUCUAUCGCAGCUCCUCGUGGUGAGAGUAACCUUUUAAAUCUGUGUUGCUGGUCUUCAUAAAAGCACUACCACAGCUGAUCGAAAGGAACCUUUUGUCUUGAAUACUGCUAGGCACCAUCACUAGAUAUUUAUAUGCUGCUCAGUGUUGGAAGGUCCAGCUUCUGGCCAAAUAUGUUUAUAACCAUUACGGACGUUUGAAUAGUGCCGACCUUAUUCUCCUGGACUGUGUAAGGAGGUUCUAGAAAGACUUGUUCUGGACAAGCUAAUAUUUAUAUUACUGUUACAUCAGUAACUUUACACACUGUCAGACAGGCAGUGUGGAGGAAUUACUGUGUGCGGGCAGCAGCCUGGAUCUAAGAGCAAUAAUUCUCUUCCUAAUCUGUGUUUUCUGAUUACUGUACCAAAGACUAGAGUUUCCACUGUGCACUACUGCAGAGCAGGACUUGAGUUUCUGACAUCUCAUUCACCUAUUUUCUGAACAAAAGAAAUGAGAUUAUCACAAUUUUUGUUUUUACUAUUAAAAAUGGCUUCAGUGAAAAA